UUCCACUGUUCCACUGGCUCCAACACACCAACACACACACACAUAAAGUUUCUCACUUUACGUUUUAAUAGAUUGCUUGGCUUUUCCAACGAUGCAGAUGCAUCAUGCCUAUAUUCCCGUCUUUUUCGUACUCGUCUGGGAUAUUUAGUCCGCUGUUGACUGAAGCUAGAGAACUUGAACUUGGAGAAUUAUGGCCACAAUUAAUAAAACUGUAUCAACCCCUGGAAGUCGAGCAAAUAUUAUUACCCGACAAUGCAAAUUGUCUUGCCGUGCAAGCCUACCUGCACAUGUGUAAUUUAAAUUACCAAGUAGAGCCCCGUAAAAAUGCAGAGUACAUGUCUCCGUCUGGAAAAGUGCCUUUCAUACAGUGCGGAGGCACUGUAAUUUCCGAGUUCGACAACAUUGUGUCCUUCAUCAACAACAAGGGGAUUACUUUGACCAAUGACUUGACUCCAGAAGAGAAAAUUGACAUGAGAGCCUACAUAUCGCUGAUAAACAACGGGUUGGCUAAUGCUGAGCAGUAUAUUUGCUGGGUUGAUCCAGUUACUCUUGAUACUGUCACUAAGCCGAGGCACGGCAAUGUUUAUGCCUGGCCAUUAAAUCAUAUUUUGAAUUGGCAGAAGCACAGGCAGGUUAUUAAGAAGCUCAAGGUUCUUGGGCUGUAUAGCAAAGGUAUCAAUGAUAUUUAUCAUGAUGUCAAAAUGUGCUGUACUGCACUGUCUGAGAGGCUCGAUGGAAAGCCUUAUUUUUAUGGCAAUAAGGGACCUACGGAACUCGAUGCAUUAGUAUUCGGGCAUUUAUUUACAAUCAUAACAACACCUUUACCAGCAAACAAACUAGCUGAAAUAGUUCGAAGCUUUCCUGACCUAGUUGAUCUGUGUAAGCGCAUCGAUCAGAGCUUUUUUACAUCCCUCCGUUCCAUUGGAAGCAUCAAUUACGAUAAAUUAUUCUCAACAAUAAAUCAUGAUGAUAGCAAUAAUUUAAAUGAUGAUAGCGAUGAUAAUGAAGAUAAAUUAAAUAGUGAAAAAAAAAAUAAUUAUUUAUUUUUUCCAAUGAUACUAAAGAAGACAAUUUGA